AUGGAUUGCACUCCUGCUCAGAAGGUCAGAUAUGGCACUCAUAUGCUGGCUAAGGAAGCUGAUGAUUGGUGGUUGGAGACGCUUGCUAGGUUGGAGUUUUCAGGUGAGGAAGUCACAUGGAAUGUGUUCCGUAGGGAAUUUCUAAGGAAGUACUAUCCUGAAGAUGUUCGGGGUAAGAAAGAGAUAGAAUUCCUAGAUUUGACGCAAGGGAACAAGUCCGUGACUGAGUAUGCUGCCAAGUUCACUGAGUUGAUUAAGUUCUAUCCUCACUUUGAUGGCGAAGGUGCUGAAUUUUCUAAGUGCAUCAAGUUUCAGAAUGGAUUACGCUCGGAGAUCAAGAAGGCUGUUGGGUACCAAAAGAUCCGUUUGUUUUCUGAUUUGGUUGACAGUUGUAGGAUCUUUGAGGAAGAUAGUAAUGCUCAUCACAAGAUGGUUAGUGAUAGAAGGGGCAAGAAUCAAUAA